AUGGACGAGCUGCCUCUAUACUCUGAGCGACCUGAAUGGGUCGACGUUGUCCCCAUUCCACAGUAUCAAGACGUGGACGCACUCGCUCCCAUCAAUUACUCGGAGGAAUACCAAGAUGCGACGGACUACUUUCGGGGCAUCGUUAAAACGGAAGAGAUGAGCCCACGAGUGCUCCAGCUUACUGAGCACAUAAUUCGUUUGAACCCUGCGCACUACUCUGCAUGGCAAUACCGUUACCGUACCCUUAUCGCGUUGGAGUCCUCCCUCGAGGAUGAGCUUCGUCUUAUGGACGCAUUCGCAAUCGAGUUCCUCAAGACGUACCAGGUCUGGCACCAUCGCCGGCUGCUGCUCACUGCCCUGCGCUCCGUAGAUGCCGCUGCGGCGGAGCUCGCCUUCAUCGCUCGUGCACUCGAGGCUGACACGAAGAAUUACCAUACGUGGUCGUACCGACAGUGGCUACUCGCGCACUUCAACGACGAGGACCUUUUGUGGAGUGGCGAGCGCGCUUGGACGGAGAACUUGCUCGAGCGGGACGUACGGAACAACUCAGCGUGGCACCAUCGAUUCUUCUUUGUGUGGGGGAGCGGUGUGAGGAAGGGGGAUGAGGAUCGGGAGGAAAUCUUGCGGAGGGAGUUAACGUUCACUAAGGAGAAGAUCGCUCUCGCCCCGAACAAUCCAUCCGCAUGGAAUUACUUGCGGGGAGUGCUUGGACAUACGGGAACGCCGUAUGCCUCACUCUCCCCCUUUGUAAAGCCAUACACCGCAACUAGCGUCGAGAAGAUCGAUGUUGUUGACUUGGACAACCCAGUGCCCUCAGAAGGGGCAGAGCUACCAUGCGUGAUGGCCUUAGAAUUCCUUGCGGACACAUUUGAACAGGAAGGUGGGUCACAGAUACCUAAGGCCGUGGAAACUUGGAAAUUACUGGCGAAUGAAUUUGAUACGAUGCGGAAAAAAUACUGGGAAUAUCGCAUCAAGGAAGCGUUGCAGGCCUCAGAACCAUAG